GGCACGAGCCUGCGUAACGGUGGCCAUCUGCUCGCUGACCCUCACAUAUACUCCAAGAACUCGUACCGCUUUGGGCCAUGCGACAAGGGGGCGGAGGGCAUGGCGGCCUUCCUCCAGACGCAUGUCUGCAACCAUCUCUGCGAGAGGCUGAUCGGGGCCGGGAACGAGAGGAAGCGCAGCCUCAGCCGGGCGAGCAAGACGGCGAGCGUGAACGGCCGGCGGAGCUUCCAGGGAGGAGCGCUUGGAAUGCCCAAGGCGCCCAAGCUGUGGACGGUGCAGCCCGUGUGCUCCGUACAGUCCAUGCAGUCGCUGCAAGAUGUGGAGACCAUCAGUCAGCAGGAGUGGCUGACGCCCAGGUCAGGCAAGCCGGUGAAGCAUGAGUGGUCGCCGAUGUGGAGGGCCCUGAAGAAAAAGGGGAAGGUGUGA